CCGCCCCGCUCGCCCCCGCGACUCUGCCUCAGGAAGUUACCCGGACCUCGGCGGCCCCCGCCCGGCCGCAGUGCCUUUGAACCACGGCGGGAGAAAGCCGGCGUGAUGGCAGGGCUGGGCCGCCUGCUGUGCGUGAUGGGCCUGCUCGUCUGUGUGGCGCCCAGCCUCGGGCUGCCCAGACUCCCCAAAUCUACCAACCAGAAACCCAUCAUUGGGGUAUUAAUGCAAGCAACCCAGAACCCAGAAAUAAAAAAGUUUGGAAACUACUAUAUCGCUGCAUCCUAUGUGAAGUAUCUAGAGUCUGCAGGUGCAAGAGUUGUACCAAUAAGGCUUAAUCUUACAAAUGCGGAGUAUGAAGAACUUUUCAAAUCUAUCAAUGGAAUACUUUUACCUGGAGGAGGCUCUGAUCUGGAGACAUCAGAUUAUUCCAAAGUCUCCAAAAUAUUUUACAAGUUGUCCAAACAGAGUUUUGAUGAUGGAGACCAUUUUCCUGUGUGGGGCACAUGCCUUGGAUUUGAAGAGCUUUCCUAUCUCAUCAGUGAGGAAAUGCUAUUAACUCUGACAGAUACUGAGCAAAUCACAUUGCCAUUGAACUUCACUAAAGGUGCAUCAAAGAGCAGAAUGUUUCAAAAUUUACCUCCUGAGUUAUUGCAGUCAUUGGCAUCUGAACCUCUGACUGCAAAUUUCCACAAGUGGAGCCUCUCUGUGAAGAAUUUUACAAUGAAUGAAAAGUUAAAAACGUUUUUCAAUGUGUUAUCUACAAAUACAGAUGGCACGACUGAGUUCAUUUCAUCGAUGGAAGGAUAUAAGUAUCCAGUAUAUGCUGUCCAGUGGCAUCCAGAGAAAGCACCUUAUGAAUGGGCGAAUGUGACAGGCAUUUCCCAUGCACCUAACGCUGUGAAGACCGCAUUUUACUUAGCAGAGUUCUUUGUUUCUGAAGCUCGGAGAAACAAUCAUUACUUUGACUCUUGGUCUCAAGAGGAGAAAUCCCUGAUUUAUCACUUCCCUGUAAUUUACACUGGAAAUGUUUCUUUAUUUCAGCAAUGUUAUGUGUUUCCCUGAAAGUUUUCAAUAUGUUAAUGAGCAGUUUGGGAUAAUUCCUUGAUUAAACUGUCAAAAUUACUUGCUACCCAUGAUACUAUUAGGAAACCGCAGAUUUCUGUUCUAUGUGGGCGACGCUGGUUCUUCAUUCAGUAGAUGAUUAUUUGUACUGCAUUUGAUAAUUUAACAAUGAAGCAAAUUUGUAGUGUUUUUCAUGGAAAAUUCAUCUUAGACCUGAAGAUCAGAAAAAAUAAAAUGAUUGUAAAUGGGAA